UCCCCGCCCGCCGCCAUGGUUCCGUCCCCGCGGCUUCCGCCUCCCGGCCAAUCCGUACUGGCCGUCUCUCGUGACGGGCGCGUUGCCCGACCAAUCAGCGUGGGGUGGUGUCGCGGCCUAGCCGGACGGCGGCGGCCGGCCGGGCCCAUGUGGGGGGCACUGCGGGCGGGCGGGACCCUGCGCGCCGCCGCCUCCCGCCCCAUGGCGGUUUCCCGCCCCACGGCGGCCCGGGGCUCCGCCGCCACCGCCGGCAUCAUCGUCAUCGGCGACGAGAUCCUCAAGGGCCAAACGCAGGACACAAACUCCUUCUUCAUGUGCCGGCGGCUGCGCGCCCUGGGCGUGCGGGUGGCCCGCAUCUCGGUGGUGCCUGAUGAGGUGGACGCCAUCGCCAGCGAGGUGGCCGCCUUUGCCGCCCGCUUCACCUAUGUGCUGACCUCGGGGGGCAUCGGCCCCACGCACGAUGACGUGACCUUCGAGGCCGUGGCCAGGGCCUUCGGGGAGAGGGUCACCCCCCACCCCGAGCUGGUGGCCCUGGUGCACAAGUUCUUUGGCAAGACGGACGCGCAGUGCCCCGAGAUGAAGCUGGCUCGUGUCCCUGAGUCCUCUUACCUCAACUACAGCAUGGACAGGUGCACGGGCGGCACCUUCAAAUACCCACUGGUCAGCGUGCGCAACGUCUACAUCUUCCCCGGCAUCCCGGCGCUGAUGGAGCGCGCCCUGGAUGGCCUCACCCACCUCUUCCGCAGUGAGCAGACCCGCUUCCACACCCGCACCAUCUACGUGGCGGCCGACGAGAUUCUCAUCACGCCUGUGCUGGACCAGGCCGACGCCACCUUCCAGGGCCACGUCAGCUUGGGUUCCUACCCGGACUGGGCCAACAACUACUACCGUGUGAAGCUGACGCUGGACUCGGAGUCGGAGCAGGACCUGGAGGAAGCGUAUCGCUUCUUGAUAGAGAAGCUGCCGCCAGGUGUUGUUGUGCCAUUGGUGACGGACUGCGUCUCGCUGGCAGCCACGGAGGUUUAUGGCCUGGCUGAGUCAGGCUCGGCCCUGGGGCAGAAGGUGGCAGCAGCACUGCGGACCAUCGAAGAGGCUUUGAACCGGUACAGCCUGGCCCAGCUCUGCGUGGGCUUCAACGGGGGCAAGGACUGCACAGCCCUGCUGCACCUUGUCCAUGCCGCUGUGGAGAGGCGGUGCCCAGUGAGGCAGGAGAAGCUGCAGGUGCUCUACAUCCGCAUCAUGUCCCCCUUCCCAGAAAUGGAGCAGUUCAUCCAGGCGACCGUCCAGAGGUACAAGAUCAAGCUCUGCACAGUGGAGGGCUCCAUCCGGGAGGCCCUGGUCCACCUGAAGGAGCAGCAGCCACAGCUGGAGGCCGUCCUGAUGGGGACACGGCGGACAGACCCCUACUCAUGCACUCUGAUGCCCAUGUGCAUGACGGACCCCAACUGGCCCCCGUACAUGCGGGUGAACCCCUUGCUGGACUGGACCUACCGGGACAUCUGGGAAUUUCUGCGCAAGCUCUUUGUCCCCUACUGCGUGCUCUACGACAAGGGCUACACCUCCCUGGGGAGCAUGGCCAACACACUGAAGAACCCGGCGCUGCGCUACACCGACGCCCGGGGCCGCGAGAGCUACCGGCCUGCCUACGAGCUGGAAAACGAGGAAGAUGAGCGCACCUCCCGCCAGUGAAGGCCUGUGAGCUGCACUCGGGGAGGCUCUGCUGGUUUGCCGCCAGCAGCCGGCUCCCCCACAGAUGUCCUUGGUGCUGCCAGGGAUGACACUGAAUAAACCUGCUGCCUGCCAGCACUGAAUAAA